CGGGGGUCGCAGGCACAGGACGAACACACACAGAGGGGCACACACACAGACAAAGACUUGCAGCCCUAUUUGCACAGGCGUGCGCCCGCACACAAAGAGACAGAGCCCAGCACUGCACACGUGGGACCCCCACAGCCCCUCGCGUCUGGGCGGCCUGGGCCGCCCCCGCUGUCCGCAGCCUGAGUGUGCCAGGCUGGAGGCUCUCCAGGGCAGAGCACCCCCAGGGAACAGCCUUUCCAUGUGUCUGAUCGGGGUCUUGUGCGUUUUUCAACUGGGGUCCGUGCCCCCAUGUCCUCAGCCGUGCCCCACAAGCCCUGAUGAUAGAGAAGGGCUUCGGGAGGGAUACUCGAUGUUGCUCAGCAAUGGGGAGCUCCUAGCGCCCAAAUCUGCCCGGGGAGUGGUGGCUGUGGUUUGUUUUCUGCAUAUUUCUAAGUGUAGAGUUUUAGCGGUUGGAAAUCCUUUUGCAAUUGAACAGUCCACAAAGGCUGUGCUGGCUCUGUCGUUCAAGGCUCUGUCCUCCUCGACUUGCCAAGUCGCCUGCCACAGGGCCUCCACAAACGGGGCCGUGACAGCUUCUACAAAACAUUUCUUUUCUUCUUUUAAGAAACCCAAAACAAACCCAGGAACCAGAAAACAAACCCACAGGAGCACUGAGCUGGGAUGGGGCUCAGGCUUUGAAGCCAGUGCAUGUUCCCCCAGUUUUGCCAUCCCGGUUUCCAGUGCAACUUGGCUGCAGUGAGGACCCUGGCUUUCUGGGGUGGGAGUGACACAGCUCUUAGCUCUGUCAGUCCCAAACUGUUCUGGUUCAUAACUCCAUUUCUGGCACCUUUUUCUCUAACAAAGGAUGGGGCUCAUCAUGCUGAAGCUUCGGAGACCCUUGGCGAGGGAGCAGCCUGGCCAAGAAAGACAGCAAGGGUUUGCAGUCUGACCUGCACAGCUGGUGGGGCGAUGAAGCUGAAUGAGCGGAGUGUGGCCCACUAUGCCACCUGUGACUCGCCCGCUGACCAUGCCGGCUUCCUGCGCAAGCGGGUGGAGCGGCACCACCACCAUGCCCACCACCAUGGCGCCUCCUACCAGCGCCGCUGGUUCGUCCUCAAGGGCAACCUCCUCUUCUACUUUGAGGAGCGGGAGAGCCGGGAGCCCGUGGGGCUGGUGGUCCUGGAGGGCUGCACCGUGGAGCUGUGCGAGGCUGCUGAAGAGUUCGCCUUUGCCAUCCGCUUUGAUGACGCUGGUGCCAGGGCUUAUGUGCUGGUGGCUGACGGGCAGGCUGCCAUGGAGGCCUGGGUGAAGGCACUCUCACGCGCCAGCUUCGACUACAUGCGGCUGGUGGUAAGGGAGCUGGAGAAGCAGCUGGAGGAGGCCUGCAAGAGCUUGGCCGCUUGCCGUAAGUCUCCACGGAGGUCCUCCUCCUCUGGCAGGAAGAGGCAUCUCUCCAACCCUGCCUUGCUGCCUCUCCAGGAGAAGCCCACCACCCUGGAGAAUGGUUACUCCACAUGGGGUAGUGGUGGUUGUGUCGCCGGUGGGGCCACCUGCACUGACUAUGAUGGGGGGCAAACUAAGCCCCCGCCCCUGCCUCCACGCCGGCGCUCGGGCGCCAGCAGCGCCACAGGAUCCCCAGCACCUAGCCUCUCACCCACCAUGCUGGAGAGCCCAGUGUCACCAGAAACGAUCUGCUUCUCCAAGCUGCACAACUGGUACGGGCAGGAGAUCGCGGUGCUGAGGCGGGAGUGGCAGGAGAGGCAGAAGAGGGGACACCCGUGACUGGGGGUGCAGGACGCAAGUCACUGCCAGCUGAUGUCCGGCAGCCUGUCCCACGUGCAGGAAGAGUGAAGGGCAGGACUCUGCUUGCCCCCUGCCCUCACAAGUGGCUGAGUGUGCGGUGUGUGUAUGCUUCACUUGGGAGGGACUCAAAUCUCCCCUAAACCUCACAUUUCAUUUCCAUGAGGCUUUAGACAGACAGAGUGUGUAACACCAGGGGAGCCACUUUUAUUUAAACUCUCUCUGCUGGAGAUAGGAGCUGCCCAAAUCAGCACGUAUGCAAUGAACCUCAGCCAAUGGGCUGGGCCACUUGCUGUCCUGACGUGGUGGAUGCUCUGGGUGUUUCAUCCCCUACCUCUCCUUCACCACUUCUUCUUUUGUUUUGUUUCUCAGUGUGGAAGUUUGCUUUUGGUCAGUGCUUAUACUGUCUGUGGUCUUGUGCCAAAGUCCUUCUGCCUUUGUUCUUUUGCAGCAGAUAAGGCUGGGCUCUUAUGAAGUGCCUCCGACAGGCCACUGGCCCCAGCACGUGCCUCCAGCCUUGUGCCUCUCUCACUACAGGACGUGUGAGCCACUGCAGCUGUUGCUGGCCCAGCAGCUGGGGCUCUUGCAUUGUUUUUGUACUUUCAUCUGCACUAACACUUCUCCCAGCUAAAUCCUUCAGGAUGUGGGUAUCAUGGUCUUGCAGCUGUCUCUUUGGGUGCUCAUACUCAACAGCAAGCCUGAAAUGGAGACACAGAGCUUGGCCUGAAGCCACAGUGAGGACACCAGGAGCUCCCCAGGGCUGAUCUGGACUCUGUCAAGCGGUAACCAAGCCUGUUAAUAUCUCUGGUUCAAGGUUUCCCUGUUCCAAAACAGGGAUGCUAAAGCCUCUUUGCCUGGCCAGGAGUAAAUUUCUCAGCCUUUGCUCAGACCACAGCCCCUGCAAAGUGCCAUAUAGGGCUCCAUCAGCUCGUCGGGCUGCUUGCCCAAGAGGGUGUGCAGAGGCACACUCCUGCACAGCCUCUCUUAGUGUUGUGGCUCUGCCCAGCUCCUGGCAGCGCUGCACAGUUGGAGGAGAGGCUUUGCAGGAGAGGGAGGAAGAGAGGGCUGGUCUCAGGAGGAAAAGUAAAGGAGUGGGAGUGAGUUACGGGUGUUGGCAGUGUCUGGGCUUGCCUCUCCAGCGUCAAAGCCAUACUGCUGUCUUCUACCAAGCCUGCACCUGGCCUGCCAGCACUUCCCUCUGAUUUCAUGUCAGCAUUGCUUGGCUGAUCUCUGCAGCACAUCCUAUCCUCCCAGCGGGCUGGGAGGGCUGCAGGGAGGCAUGCCUGUCGCCUCACUAUGGAAACAGACUUGUCCAUCAGUAGGUCAGAAACCUUGGCCACAAGGCACACAAUACAAGUAGGUGGGUGCCUAGUCCAGGGACUAAAACACCCUUGGGAUGGGGUUUAAAAAUCUCCCUUAUCUAGUUGCAUGCUUCCCAUCUAAAAGUGUUCCCAUCUAAACCUGUUUUUAUUGUCUUUUUUAUUAAAGAGCUUUGCUAGGAAAGCAAAAGCCCAUUUCAGGUCAUGACUGACUGGAACCUUUCUGGACUUAAAACACAUUCGACUUCCUACUUUGCAAUAGCCAGUAGAGAUAGCCAAUGCAGAAAUCAAAUUAAUUCUAUUAACUCUUGGUGCCUUUUAAAAUAAGUCUCUGGUAGUUUUGGAUGAUGAGCUUCCAGCCUCCUGCCUAAUUAUGGCUUGAUGGUAUAUCAGAGGAAAUCAGAUCUUAAGUUAGAUCUUACAAACGACUUUGGGCAGUCAAAGUGUAACCUUCACUUGUGAGUAAUGCAAUCCAGUCCUCUCCAGUUCGUGGCUGUAUUACUUCACAGUAAGGGUCUUCAAGUUUGGGAGGAUUAUUUUUAUUCUGCUUUUGUGAAAACAGUUCAGAAAAAUCAGGAGCAGGUGGCCGUGGGGCAAGGCCCUGGCUUCAUCAGCAGCUCAGCUGGUUGGACGUAGGGGCCAUUUCCUGCCUCCCUACCCUGCUGCUUGAAGAGUUCAGUGCUGCAGCAUUCCUGGCUGCAAAUGUGUCCCCUUUCCCAUGCCAGGGCAGCAGUAUCGGGAUUGCACUACCUGGUGCCUCCUUGCUCUGAGCAUGGGUAUUUUGGGACCAAGGUCAAAUUUGUCAAGCAUUUUCCUGUGGUUAUUUUUUUUUUUUAUGUAAUACAGAGAGACUAUUCCUGAUGUCUCAGAUUAACAUAAGGCAGUCUGACAGUAAAGACUGAACUUCCAAAACACAUCAAAAUGUAGUGGCAGUUCCUACACGAGACACAAGAACUGGGAGCGACUUGAAAGGAAAAAUAAAUUAACAAAGCCAGUUCUGUCAGAACUGGAACUGAGACAGUAUUAUUCAUUUAAGGACAGUUUCACUUUUAAGAAGCUUAGUUUGUUUUAAUAAGCCAGGAUUGUGCUCGUAACACUACUAAAGAGCUUAUAUUUAAUGCUUUAAUCUGUCCCAUUCAAAUGGCACAAUUUCCACACUACCUACCUUUGCAUUAGCACAUAUCCCAGCUAAAUCCCAAAUCCUGCACAUGAGGCGCUGCGCUCUGCUUUCCCUCUGAUUGCAUUUGGAGUAAUUUUGUGUCCUAUUCUGCAGCGCUGACAAGAAAAUGGCUGAAUCCUGAUCCAGUUUGUCCUUGGCCCAGCCAUCCUUGCCUGGGCCUUUGCUAGGUCUCCAAAGCACUGCAUGACUUUGGAUGCACUUGAUCAGGGUUUCCUCGCCAUCCUGCUGUCAUAGCAGGGUUGGCCCUUUUCUGAGUGAAAAGGGCCAUAAUUGCAGCCAUGCCCAAAUUUGUAUGGGAGUUUUUUAAUGACCACUGGCACUUGCUUCAUUAGGCAAGAAGCACCUGAGUGCUCCACUGCCACCUCGGACACGGAGGCUAUCAAGCCAGCCCAGCUGAUUGGUUGUGCUGGCAGUGCCUUUGAAGCAGCUUCCAGGCAGGUCAGGAUUUCAGCUUCCUGAGGUUGAACAUUCAGCUGGCUAAUGGAGCAGGCAAGCUGUCUGUCUUUCUGCAGGCAGAGAUUGUUACAGGAAAGGCAGAGUUUUCACUGUACAUUGUCCCCGACAGCAAAAUAAGACUGAUUGUCACCCCAGGGUUUUUCUUCAGUCAUUCAGGUUUGGACUGUUUCACCUCCUGCCUCCACUUUCCCUUUUUAUUUUUAAAAAUAGAGAAUGUCUGAGCAGCACAAAACAGGUUCCUUGGCAAAAUGGAAGCUGAACACUGAAGUCGAAUGGGUACUUUUCUUGAAGUACUGAAGUAAGAUCCUUUUCUUUAGUGCACAAGCGAUGAGAGAAAAGUGCUAAAAUUUAAAAGAAAUUGAAAGAGGAAUGGCAAUUCUGACAUGGCCUGUGUAAGCUAUGCCAAGAAGGGCUCCCAAUCCCGCUAAAAUAGUUGAUUAGAUCCUUACAUUUUUCUGAGGCUGGCAUUUCAGAUUUGAGCCUGUGAUAUAUUAUUUCUGCACAUCUUUUCUUUGUAAAACUGUGGUGUUUUCCACUGAGUCCAGGUGAAGAGUAACCUGAAGGUUUUACCCGUGGCCACUCUUAGCCACGUGGUGGGCAAUGACGAUCAAGACCAGACAUUCUGUGUUACAGUAGCUACUGCACUAAUAGUGCCUGGGGGAACGACCCCUCAAUCUCACCUCUCGGGUGCCUGUGCAGAGAAGCUGAAAAACCCCCACUGAAAUGCACGGGGGCAUCUUUCACCGGCACCAAACUUGUCUUCUCUCCGCACAAUUACCUGGAAAACACUACGAGCAACUCCUGCCUUUCCAAGUGCUUCUAUUUUACGUAGGACGUGUUCCUCUUUUUUAAGAGGCGGUUUUGCAUGCGCCUUUGUUUUUACACGCGGAACUUGUACUAUACAUUGCAUUACAUUGUUUAGUUUGUUUUACACGCGGAACUUGUACUACGCAUCUCAUUACAUUGUUUAGAGUUUGUAUUUUAUGCCGUGAAGCCGAAUAAACCGGUUUGAUUUGUA